UACCUAAAUAAGGCAAGAUGAAUCAUGCUGAUUUCCCUUAUCAGCAGACGAGUCUAUAAAUUGAACUCUUAAACGUCAAAAUCAAACUUUACUUGCAAUCUGUAUUUACAUGAAUGUUUUGUGUUAAGAUUUCAAAGCCUUUUGGAUUAUACCUUCUAAAGCUUAUAGCUGAAACAAAAUAUGCAGAAUUUUGUCUCAGUUACAGCUGAUCAAGAAAGAAAAAACCAGCAAAAAUGGAAAUUUAUUCAUAUCAAACAGAUGACAGAUUUGUCCGUGAUGCUGGAAACUCUGACCUGACAUUAAUUGUACAGCAAAACAAAAUACAAGUACAUAAAACUGUGCUUGCUGUUGCAUCACCUGUGUUUCGGACAAUGUUUGAAUCAGACUUCAAAGAGAAAGACCAGCAGGAAAUAGAGCUACAAGGGAAAAAGUAUGAAGAUUUUGUGGAAUUUCUGAGCUGUCUGUAUCCAAACCAUCUAAAAAUAGUAACAGAUGGAAAUGUUUACAAAAUAAUGCCACUGGCUGCAGAAUAUCAAGUUAAAGUGCUAGAAAAUCGGUGUGCUCAGAUCCUCUCAGAAACAGUUACAAAUAAACAUACAGAGGAUGCUAAUGAGGUAUACAGACACAUCCAGCUGGCAAAUCGUUACAAGUUCAAUGACCUGAGGAGCGAAUGCAUUGCCAUAGCAUCUGAUCUGAGACUGUCCCAGCUUGACGAGGCAAGAUCGAGGUACCCAAUAGAAGAUAAGGAUCUUAUUGAAAUACAAUGGCUUGCUCUUAAAAAACAUGAACUAGACAAAAAAGAUGACAACAGACUUAGACACCAAUAUGAGAAAUACUCGUCUACCAUUAUGCAAGAAAUAAAAUCUUACAAGACCUACAAUGAAAAAGAACGGGUAUUAUCUACUGCAAGGCUUUGGUACAGGUAUUUCCCAAACGAUCAAGAAUGUAAAAUCUAUAUUAAAGGACUUCUGAAAAUUUUUGCUGAAGUUCCUGCCAUUGAUAAGUUUCAAAAAGAACUUGGACUACUCCCUGAAAUGGCUAAGACAGAACUGGGUGUAGUUUCCAAAGCUAAAAUUACACCAUUCAUGGAAAUGCAUAAAGAUAUGCUUUAGAGUGGUGCGACUAGUGCUUAGCAUAAAAUCUUAACAUAUGAGUUCAAUGCAAACAAAAGCUAUCAAUUAGACUGCAUACAAAACUGUUUGCAAAGGCCAUAAUAACUUGAUAAGACUUAUGUAAGAGAGUUAUUUUAUUAAAAAUUUAACACAAAUCAAAAUUUUAUUACGGGAAUGCAAAAACAAUACUAAAUUUAGUGUGAAUUAAUUUCAACAAAUAGAUAACAAACUUUACUAUGGAUGUACACUGGAUAAGAGGGAUGUCCUAAUAUAAGAAGUUUUGUUUGUUUGUUUUGGGUUUAACAAUGUUUUUCAACAGUAAUUCAGUCAUGUAACAGCGGGCAAUUAACCUAACCAGUGUUCCUGGAUUCUGUACCAGUACAAACCUAAUCUCCACAAGUAACUGCCAACUUCCCCACAUGAAUCAGAGGUGGAGGACUAAUGAUUUCAGACACAAUGUUGUUUAUCAAAUAGUCACGGAGAACAUAUGCCCCACCUAAGAAUCGAACUCACGACCCUGUGGUCCGCAGUCCAACGCUCUACCUACUGAGCUAAGCAGGCGGGCUAUAAGAAGUUUUAAACCUGACAAUAACUUACACAGAAAAUUUUGACAAAACAGAAGGGCCAUUAUUUGAAGCAUUAUUUUGGACCUCAUUUAAGACAAACAAGUGAUAAGGUUACACUAUUUUAGAAGUUUGUUGAUUUUUUCAUUGCUAACGCAAUCAUUGGUUUAAAAAAUAAUUCAGGAUUCUCAUGUAAUGCCUGAACAAGCUUGUAGUAUCCUUAAAAAACAUAGUUUGGCAUUUAUGAAUAAUAUUCAUUUAACACUUUAAAGGCGACAUUGAUGUGUUUGUAUAAUAACUAUCCACAAAUAUAACAUAUUACCAGCAGUGUAAUUUCACAUGUGUUUCUAUUUAUUAAGCUAUGCUUCUACCACAAUUACCUACACCAAACAGAUUUCAAGUGCAUUAUACUGACACCAAGCAGAUCAGUCCUAGCAUCCUUUUACUGCUGAGCGCCAGCUAGGGUGCUACUUGUACCAUUUUUUACAUCUAUGGUAGGACUUAGACAGGAAUUGAACUCAGUACCUUUGCAUUCGAGGCAGGUGCUCUAAAACUAGGCUACCAAAGUGGCCUACAUAAAGAAGGUAUGUGAAUAUCAAACAAUGUUUGAUACAUUUCUGUAGCUGUCCAUUAAUGGUAAAGCUGUACUUGUGUUAAUACUAUUCUAUUUGGCACUUUUCUGUUAUGACCAACUUAUGCCUGUCUAUCCAUGUGAUUUUGGUAUGUUUCUGUAAUUCCUUAUUUUGAUUAAAUCAUAAUAUCAGAAACUGUUACGCUGCUUAUGAAUGAAAUGUUUCUGUAAUACUUUUUAUGAUGAUAUAACUAAAUAUCUCUCUGUCCAACUUGUUUCUAUUAUAACCCAUUGAUGAAAUUAAAAAUACCUUAAUAUCAUAUUCAUAUUUGGUAUAUUUCUGUAAUUCCAAUUUGUGAUGAAAUUAUGCAUACCUAAAUAUUACCUUUAUGUUUGAUAUGUUUUGUAAUCACCAUUUAUGAUGGCAUUAUGUAUACCUGAA